AUGGAGCGUCUGAAGUUCGUUUUGCACUAUUUCCAAUCCAACUCUGAAUCAAUCUCCAACGGGAUUUGUAUGGUGCUGGCUUUGGUCAGCGUCAAGCUUUACACCAGCUUCGACUUCAACUGUCCGUGCCUUCCGCAAUACAACAAACUCUACUCUUUGGGAGUGAUGGUCUUUCCGCCGAUUAUCCUCUUCUUCCUCGGGCUACUGGUCAAUCGCCACACGGGUGUCAUGAUGGAUGAAUGGAUGAGGCCUCCUGGAAAACGCUCCAAAAACCUGGCUGUGGUCAAAUAUUUAUUCUCAGCCAUGGUCCAGCGGGCCCUCCUUGCGCCAAUGGUGUGGAUCCUCGUCACCCUCCUGGAUGGGAAAAUCUUCAUUUGCGCCUUCAGCGCGAGUGUCGAUCCUGACAUCUUCUCAGGUAUGCCCAACAGCCCUGGACUGGAUGUGAUCCAAAUAAUGGCCAAAGUCCCCUGCAAGGAGGACGUCCUCUUCAGGAAUAGCUCUUUCCACAAAGCAGUGUCUCGUUAUGUUCGCUGCUAUUCGCAAGCAGUCGGCUGGUCCAUGCUCCUUUUCCUGAUGCUACUGGGAGCGCUGGGACGAGUCCUCAAGCCUUGUUUCGAAGACCAUGCUGCCUUCCUGCAAACACGCUACUGGAGCAACUACCUUGAUGUGGAGCAGAAGCUCUUUGAUGAGACCUGUGUCCACCACGCUCGAGACUUUGCUCGGACAUGUAUCGCGCACUUCUUUGAAAACAUGAGGGAGGACGUCCAAUUGGGCCCCUCGCAUCAUAAAUUGCUCAAAGACUUCACAGAGGACUGGGAAGAGGAAGAGGAGAAGAGACUUCAUGGAAUAAGAAAGCAAGAGCAAGUGGACCGCUUGUUGAAAAAAUGGUACUUUAGUAAGCCUGAAUUGGAUGUAAGCAGAGCUGCCAGGAUGUGCGCUACCUGCAAGGAAGGAAGAAAGAAGAAAUCGACGAUUGUCACGUCUUCUUGUGGCUAAAUGGUACCUCCUUCAAAUUGUCCACUGUCAAUUC